CCAGGGGCAAGGCUUCGUCCUCGCCUCUCCCGCACAGACGCAUUUCCCCAGAGACCGACUGUUGACACUGCGUCAACAGUCGAGCUCGUGCUGCGCUCCCGUGGCCCACCGCCCACGGCUGGGGGACCCAUCACCGGCCCCGCUUCCUCCUCCAUAACUCCAUUAACUACCUUGAAGUCGAUCUUGUCUUCAAGCCAGGCACCAAAGCCAGCCAGUUCACCAUCCAGCCAGUCCAUCCUGCAGUUACAGUUAUCACAGUCGAAGAGCCUCUCCCCACCCCCAGUCCCAUAUGCUACUCCACUAUUAGUAAUAGCUCCACCGGUUGCUUCUGCUCCGUGUUCCCUUCCUCAAUGCAACAGCGGGAAUUGACGAUGAUGUGGUAAUCGCCCGAUCAGAGCUCCUCGCAACUAUGGGAGAAGCGGCGACGGCGAGCCAGGAAGCAGAGCAAGACGACCAGCGGAGGCUCGCGGCGGCGGCGGAGGCGAGCCAGGAAGCAGAGCAAGAUGAUGAGCAGGGGAGGCUCGCGGCGGCGCUGGACGCCAUCAACUCCCUGAUCUCAGCCUCCUUCUCCGCCUCCCUCUUCCCGCUCAAAUGGCAGCUCAUCAGGGACAGGUUCAACCGGCUCCACGCCGGCCUCGCCGACAUCACCGUCGACAUCGCGGGGGAGGCACACGAAGACGACGACGACGACGAGGCCUUCUCCUCCCUCCUUCGUGGCGUCGCGGAAUCCGUGCGCGAGGCGCGGGACGAGCUUGUGCCCCGGAGCCAGGGGCGGCACUACGGCGGCGGGAAGCUCCGGCUGCGGAGCGACCUCGACGUCAUGGCGUCCACGCUGGACGCGUACGUGUCGCGGCUGGAUGAGGUGUGCGCGUCGGGGGCGCUAACACGCGCGCGCGCUCUCGUGGUGCCCCGGCCGCGCGCCGGCACCGGCGCCGGGCGCGACGACGUGCGGUUCUACGUGCGCGACCUCUUCGCCAGGCUCCGGGUCGGCGGCGCCGAGAUGCAGAGGGACGCCGCGGCCGCGCUCAACGAGCUUCUCCGUGACGACGAGAUCAAGCCCGUCGUACGUGUCGUCGUGUCAGACUCCGUCGUGGUGGCCGACGGAAUCGGGGUUCUGAUCGGGCUUCUCGAGUCCCCGGACGCUCGUGUCCAGGAGGAGGCCCUGGAUGCCGUUUCCGUGAUCCUCGGGUUCAACGACGCUUACAAGGGCGAUUUCGUGCUUGGCGGCGUCAUCGCGCCCGCGAUCCGGGUCCUCGACGCGGGCGGCGCCGGGGCGCCCGCGAAGGAGCGUGCGGCGCGGCUGCUCGGGAAGCUGACAGAGAACUCCGACAACGCGUGGGCCGUCGCCGCGCACGGCGGCGUCACGGCCCUGGUCAACGCGUGCUCUGACCAUCGUACCAGCGCCUGCGAGCUCGUCUGCGCGGCGUGCCGCGUGCUGAGGAGCCUGGUGGCCGUGGACGAGAUCCGGAAGUACGCCGUGGGCGAGGCCCGGGCGGUGCCGGUGCUCGUGUCGCUCCUGCAGCAGGGCGCCGCGGCCGCGGACGAGGCGGCGCAGAUCCAGGCCAUGGAGCUCCUCGCCGCGAUCGCCACCGCCGGGGACGGAUCCUCCAGGGAGGCCGUGGUCCAAGAAGGCGCUCUCGAGUCCCUCGUCCGCGUGCUCGACCCGGGCGUCCAGCGCUCCUCCAAGGCACGCGAGGCGGCACUCCGCGCCAUCGACGCGCUCUGCCUCUCGAAUUCGACCGACGCCGUGUUCCUCCGCCGCGUCCUCUUCUUCCUCCGCAACGGCGACGUCGCGCUGCAGCACCGCGCGCUCAAGACGGCGCACCGGCUGUGCCAGGCGUCGGAGGAGGGGAAGAAGGCGAUGGGCGACGCCGGGUUCAUGCCGGAGCUGGUGGGCAUCGUCCAGGCGGCCAAGUCGCUCGAGACGCGGGAGAUGGCCGCGGAGGCGCUGUGCGCCUUGGUGUCCGUGCACCGCAACCGGAGGCGCUUCGUCCAGGACGACCGCAACGUGGCGCAGAUCCUGCAGCUGCUGGCGCUGGGCCCCGACGAGGAGAAGACCUCGCCGGCCAAGCGGUUCUUGCUGUCGACGCUGAUGCAUGUGACCGACAGCAGCUCUGGCCGGAGGAAGAUCAUGUCAUCGGAGCAUGUCAGGAAUCUUGAGAAGCUCGCAGAGACCAAUGUCAGUGACGCCAAGAAGAUCGUGAAGAAGCUAGGCGGGAGCAAGCUGAGGAACAUCUUCCAUGGCAUUUGGAGCCUGUAAACCGUGUGGACAAGCACUGGGUUCUUGAUUGCUGCUGUCUGUAUGCACGGAUACCUAACACACACAUGUCCACUCCAUAUUUCUUACUGUGAGUGAACAGAACGAACGAAUCGCUUCAGUCUAUUCUAGUGGCAGUACCCAGCGAGGCAGUGAUGUGCCGCAGCCUGGCAGCACACCACACAUCCCAUACCCACCCUGUACAUUCGCUCAUCUCUGUCAAAUAAAAGUAUAAUCAACAAAGCCAUUCGAGAAUGUAUUUCGAGAUUUCAGUUAAUCACCAAAGCCAUGGACGGAUGAUGAUACUCUGCA